GUAAAUUUAUCCCAGAGUUAGGCCUUAACUCCAAGAUAACUAUGACGGUGCACUGACUAACUCGAAGUUAGUGCUAACCCUGACUUUAACCCGAACCGGUGCAAACCUCCGCAAACGGAACGAAUCCAACACGAAGAACCAUGAUGCGGUGCUCUAUAAUUUUUGUCAUCUGUCAGUGGAAUGACAUGUGGUAUUUUUACAUGUAAAUGACACAUGCUGUGAUACGGCAAGUGUAAAUUUUGAGCAUUUUUUUGACAAAUAGCAAAUUAGAAUUUUGCACACAAGAUAUUUUAGCGGUAUUACUGUUACGAUAAACUACAAAAAUGUUUGUAAAGGAACUUAUUUUUAUUAGCACAGUAUUAUUAUAUGUUACAAAUGCAGAAUGGAACACCAAAGAUUUUAUGAAGAGGGAACACUCAUUGAUAAAACCGUAUUAUGGUACGGGAAUAGAUAUACCCUUUUGGCAGUUUAGGGGGACUACAAUCAUCACACCAAACUAUAUAAGACUAACCGAUGAUACACAAAGUAAAAGAGGUGCUAUUUGGAAUACUGCACCUGUAAACGUGAAAAAUUGGGACUUGCAAGUACAUUUCAAAGUUCACGGCAAAGGAAAAGACCUGUUCGGUGAUGGCAUGGUGAUCUGGUAUACUAAAGAUUAUAUGAUUGAUGGUCCUGUAUUUGGAAGUAAGGACUACUUUCAUGGCUUAGCGGUAUUUUUGGACACAUACAGUAAUCAUAAUGGACCCCACAAUCAUCAACAUCCAUAUAUAUCAGGGAUGGUAAAUAAUGGAACUCUUUCUUAUGACCAUGAUAGAGAUGGAACACACACUCAAUUGGCUGGUUGUGAAGCCAAGAUUAGGAAUCUAGACCAUGAUACCCACAUAUCUAUCAAAUAUGAAAAAGAUGUUUUAACUGUUUCAACAGACUUUGAAAAGAAAGCAGCUUGGAAACAGUGUUUCCAAGUGAAAGGUGUAAGGUUACCUACAGGAUAUCACAUUGGAAUAUCCGCAUCAACUGGAGAACUGUCUGACAACCAUGACAUAAUGUCAGUUAGGCUGUUUGAACUGGAUUUACCUGAUGAUCCUGAAACUGAUGAAGACAGAUCAAAAAUCGUGCCGUCGGCAGUAUUCUUUGAGCCGCCAAGAGAUCAUGUGGACGACCCCAAACCAUCAUCUUUGUCAGGCAUAAAAAUAUUCCUUCUGAUGCUGCUGGGUAGUGUAGCAAUUGUAGCGUGUAUAGUUAUGGGAAUUAUGUUCUACCAGAAACAGCAAGAAAAAAGUAGGAAGAGGUUUUAUUAAAUGGUUGUUAGGUAUUUGAAUAUUUGAUAUAAGAGUAAAAGUUCUAUUUCAGCAUUGUGCUAUGCAGACUUGAGAGAAGAUGGGGCCAGACAAAAAAAUUUUCUUCAUGGUUUUGUCUUUAUAAAGUUUUGAUAACCUUGGUCAAAUACAACAGGCAUAUACUUUAGUUGCAGCACUAACUCAGGGCAGUAAUGGUUACAUGAUCAUCAUACAAUGUUUUAGAUGUGGUGUAGAAAAAUGAUAUGCUCUUUUACAACUACAGUUUCAAUCUUUUUUAUCGAAUCUAUUAUAUCAGGUACAAAAUUCUUUGGAGUUCAUGAGCGUUUCAUUAUUGAUUAACAAUUGGGUACAAGUGCCAAACUACGAUUGUGCUUACGGACCCCACUCCAAUUGUAUUGCAGCGCCAGACGGAACCAUUAGGAACUAUUUAUAUUAAUGAUUAAAGCCGACAAAGUUCCUGAAAGUAAUAAAAUGUAUUUAUUUAAAUGUAUCUAAAUCUAUAUUUCGAUUUCUGGGUUUUUUUUGUUAAGCAUUGCGUCGCAAACUGAAAUAGAACUUUACUGCCGGUGUGGUAUUUAGGUAAUCGAAAAUCAUGUGAUCGGUAAACAUGGCCAUUUUUAGGAUUAUCCCGUAAACUGAUAGUUUUCUAUUUUAAAGUUUAACUACUCUAAUUUGCACGAAAAAAUUGAACUGCACAUCACAUUUGGCAUGUCAUUCAGUAUUACUGCUUCCCCAUCCGUUUAAUGCUCAUGCAAAAUAGAAAACUAUCAUAUUAUAAGUAAAUCUUCUAUUGAGAUCUUAAUCCAUUCUAAUGCUGUUUGGUAAAAGAUAUUUUGACACAACCGUUAUCAUUAGUGGGGGUUUAUACGACUGAUUAUUGAUAUAUUUAGCUGCUCUAUUAUCACCAGCUACUAAAAAAUAUAGACCUCUUAAUUCACUCAUAACAUCAAAAAUAAAUCGUUGCGAUGGGCGAAGGAGCAGGGGUGUAAAUGCAGCGUGAAAAUGACCGACUUUUAUUGAAUUCUGUUCUGUGGCAACUUUAAGAAAAAGAUUCCGGGUCGGUGUGUUUUCAAGAGGGCCCACUUUUUCAGUACAUCGUAUAAAUCAAGUGAUAAAUUGUUUUAUUCCAUACACUGAAACAGAAUCAUGAAAAUAUAAAUUCUCGUCUUGUUUUUCGUUCAGGGAGAGAAAUGCUAGGUCUCAAGAAGGCAUUGCGGUUAAUAAUGACGAUUUCAUGAGUUAGUAGUGAAAAAAUAGGUAUGUCAGGUCAUUCAGCUCUCAUUUGAAGAGGAUUCUCGGCAUCUCGGUAAAAAAGAAAAACGUCAACUUUACAAGCACUACGUAUCUAAUAGCCCAAAUUGAAGAUACAGAUACUCAAAAAUGAAUCAAACAUGUGUCAUGCUGCUUAUGUAGGAGCUUGAUUUUACAGUAUCGAUAUAUACAAUUCAGAAGUAUCAAGAGAUAUGAAGACAAAAAAUUGUAUAGUCAAAAUCGCGAAAGAUGACUAUUACGUCAUAACAUAAAUUGUACUGGAGUAAUCAAUGGACGUACGUCGAUGAUAAAAUCACGAUGUCAGGAACAAUAUUUAUAACGGGUGAUUUUUUAAGAGGUAUAGGAUUUGAUUUUCAAAAAAAAACACAAAAAAUUUGAAAAAACUAUUAAAUCUUCAUUUGAGUCGAUAGAACGGUCGAUAUAAUUUAAUGUUUAAAGAUUAUUUCAUGUAAAUGUUGGCCGCGGCUUCGCUUUAGAUGGCAUAUGCGGAAGGUCCAAUUUUGGCACACUCUCUCCAACAUAUCGGCCGGUAUCUCACGAAUGAAUGCUUCAAUAUUGGCUUCCAGUGCGUCAAUCGUUGCUAGCUUAUCCCUGUAGACAUUAGCCUUAACAUGACACCACAAGAAAUAGUUCAACGGCGUUAAAUCACACGAUCUAGGCGGCCAAUUGUCGGGCCCCAAACGGGAAAUAAACUGUUCACCGAACUCGCCUCUCAAUAGGGCCAUUGUUUCGUGUGCGGUGUGGCAUGUGGCACCGUCUUGUUGAAACCACAUGUAAGCCAAGUCCAGCUCUUCCAUUUUGGGCAAAAAAAAAGUUUGUUAUCAUCGCACGGUAGCGCUCGCCAUUCACAGUUACGUUCCGGCCAUUGUCGUCUUUGAAGAAGUACGGCCCGAUGAUGCCACCGGCCCAUAAUCCACACCAAACAGUGAUUUUUUCUGGAUGCAUUGGUAGCUCUUGCAAUGCUUCUGGCUGGUCUACACUCCAGAUCCGGCAAUUUUGCUUGUUAACGUACCCAUUCAACCAGAAAUGAGCUUCGUCGCUGAACACAAUUUUUCGAUAAAAUGUGGAUCUUCCUCCAACUUUGCCAGCGCCCAUUCACCAAAUUGGAAAGGUUGCGGGAGGUCGUGUGGCUUCAAUUCUUGCACCAGCUGUAUCUUAUAAGGUUUUACACCCAAAUCCUGUCGCAAAAUUUUCCACGUAGUGGAGUAACAGAGGCCCAAUUGCUGCAAACGGCGGCGAAUCGACAUUUCACGGUUAUCACUAACACUGACGGAUACAGCCGCAAUAUUUUCUUCAGUCCUCACUCUACGUCUGCGUGUUGGUGGUUUAAUGUCCAAUAAUGUAAAUUGGGUUCGAAAUUUAGUCACAAGCGUCCGAAUAGCUCCCUCAGUAGGCCGAACAAAUUGCCCAUAAAUUGGAAGCAGUGCUCGAUGCACUCUCUUAACCGAGCAUGGAUUUUGAUAGUAAAAUUCAAUAAUUUGCAAGCGUUGUUCGUUCGUAAGUCGAUUCAUGGUCAAAUUAUAGACCAAACUGAACAAGUUUGACAAUGACACAAGACACGAUUCACGCGUCAUCUGUCAAAAACAGUGUUGCCAAAAAGAUACUAGCAAAAAAAUCACCCAUUAUUAUGAUUUUGCGAAGUUAUAUUUCACUGAUUAUUUUUAUUUUGAUUUUAUUUCAUGCUUUCGAGUGAUACCUUAAUAAUAAUUUUAGUGGGGAGUUUUUGUUUUGAAAAAAAAAACAGUUAUGAGUAGAAUACCUUAUGAAAGGAACACCAAAGACCAAAGUAUUAUUCGAAAACAACCUAACCUGCUUUAACAUAACCUAAAUAUUCAUCUUUCAAAUAUGACCGAUCGUGCGACAUGAAAACAUCGUCUAUCUUUGUCGGAUACACACAAAUUAGCAAUACAGUUUGUUUAGACAAUAAGAUUCUGUUUGUCUCUGUUUAACAUAUCUGAAACUUUAUUAAAAGUAUUCACAAAUCGCUGACUUUUGUCUUUACUACAGACGAAAAUGAUGACGUAAUCGUCAUCUUUCGUAAUUUCGACUAUAGUUUUGAUUAAUUUGAGGAACGACGAAAAAUAAUUUACUUAUAACUUGGAUAUAACCAAAACAUAAUAAAAUUGCAUUACAACGUUGUGCAAAAUCGGAGUGAAAAGCUUUAAAACCUCCACCUUGGGGUUGGCGCGACUGGGAACCGAACAUAAAUUAUAACCAUAACCUAUACUUACCUUGAACAUGUUCUGCCUUGCGAGUUUUAAUUUUACAUAUAUAGCAGUGUCUCGCCAUUAUUAUCGCAAAGACGCAAAAAAAUCACUGCAGAUAAAAGUAAAAUUGAAAUGAGAUGUUGCUCCGUCAGCACGAAAACUCACAUAAUGUUUACGCAUCUCAUACGAUAACUACGUAUGCGACGUUGUCAGUUGUUGUUAAAAAUAACCAAAUAAAUACCUUGUCUCAUCAAAUCAUGAAAGGAAUAUUCAUAAGUACAUAUGAAUAUCUUUGCUCGUUGUUAACUUAUUAAUAGAUAGUGAUACCAACUAUAGGUAGAAAGCAUUUUCGGAGAUUCAUUAGCCUCCAUUGAGGGGCUUUGCAAAUCUCCGAAGAGAUUUCGGAAAAAAUCCGAAUGUAAAUAGGUCUAUAUUUUUCAGUAGUCGAUGUGUUAUAACUAACCAGUGUAUUGUAUGAACAUGUCCUUUAAAGCAACGAGGAUCGGCUUCAUAAUCUCCAUCUAGUAGUUAACUGUCAUCAACUCUCUAACUGCUACUUAACUAGAUAUUGUGAAACCGGCCUUAGCCACCAUGUAAGGAAAUAUAUAAAAUUUUUCCCAUGUGAUUAUCACAUUUUCCCAUAUGCAGUAAUGACAGUAGACGAAAGAAAAUUUAGCAUAUCGCACAGGAUUCAGACAUUUGUUAAGUAAGGGUUGUAUCUUCAGUCGUUCGUGCAAUUGUAGGACUCCUUUAUGGCCUCCUUGAUUUUCAUAGUUUGAGGUUAUGUUACAAAUAUCUCUUUGCAUCAAAUUGUUAAUUCUUUUGAUUUACAUCAUCUGUUAUGUCAGCCUGACAUCUACAAUUCAAAAAGAAAACAUAACCUCACAAUAGGAGAGCGCUGUCACGAAACAGUAGAAAUCUAGAAAUACCCCAGCCUUUCUGAAGGAGAGAAAAGACUAUGAAAAUCAAGAAUGCCCUAUUGUAGGAACGACUCAUGAUACAGUCUAGUACAAUAUGUAUUAUUCAUCAUAAAUGUUAUUUGCUUACCGUUUGAGAGGUUAAACAUAGCUGCCCUCCAUCUUGGGCAAAUGCUAUCAAUUUAUACUCAUUAUUUUCCAACAAUUAGUGAAUGACACCAGAUUUUUCACAUAAUAAAUCGACCUGAACAGUGCAUAAAAUUUAAAAGCUCUUGCUGUUUUUGAUUUGUUCAAAAAUGAAUAAAAAGGACAUGUUUCAUGUUAUUAUUUGAAUAUUAAAUAUAAGUUCAAUUGUGCACAGUCUAGUCUGUUAAUACUAUAUAUAACCUAUAUGUCCAGCCAAACAUUAACAUUGAUGAACAUUUCAACGCUGUUCUAUACAUCUACAUUUUUAGUAUAAAAAUAUUCCUAUCUGAAUUAUUCCGGAGAGAAAUUGUAUUCCACUGUUAUUUAUUGGAAUUUGGCAUAUACAGGGUGUCUCAACCGUGCAAAGAUGGAGUAUUGCUCGUAAACAAAAGGUUUUCAAAGAAAAAUAUGGAUCAUUAUAUAUGGUAUCUCAAGGCAUGUUUCUAAAAUAUCCACAAUUAUACCCACAUAUCAAAUUUGAUUUUUCUUAAAUGGAAUGGCCUACUUUUUAUCACACAUUUGGACCGGUCCUUUCAAAAAGGAACAAGACUGGCAUAUAACAUAUUAUUAUUAGUUGUUGAAUUAAUAUUUUAUAUGAAAAACAUCUAAGUUUGACAAUCUGAAAUCUGCUAUGUUGAUAGGUGGAGCCGUGAAUAAUUCCAAUUUUUUUUAUUUCAUACAAUUUCAACCAUUUUUCGAUUUUUUAUGCAAAAAAAUUAAAUGGAACACCCGGUAUAUUUUUGCACUAUCGAAUUCCUAUUUUCAUGAGAUUUUUAUAAAUAUAAAAUUGCUACCAGUUUGGUCAAACUGUAUCUGCGUUAUAGAUAUUUAUUUCAAUAAGUUGAUCAUUUUUCUUUUCAAUUAAGUGGAAAAAAGACAAGUAAAAGAUUAAUGACUGUCUAUAAAAUCAAGCUUUCAAGUAAUACAAUGCUUUUGUGUUGUAAUUUAUUAUUACAGAUAUAUAAUAUAAAAUUAAUUUUUCGUAGGUUUGAAAAUGGCGAUUAUAAGUAAAAAUAACUAAAAUUUGAACUAUUUGUACUACUAUAGAAAAUGCCCUGAUGUUGAACAUACAAAGACUUCGAAUAUAGAGGAUAUAAAGCAGAGAAUACGAGCAUUUCUAAAUGUCAGUGAACACAUUACAUUCAUUUAAAGAUUUCGAUUGUAUGUUCAACAUUUAGGGUUUUUCUUCUAUCAUAGUAAACAUAGUUUAAAUUUUGGUUAUGUUUACGCAUAGCCGGCAGUUUCAGCCAUCUCAAAAAAUUUAUUUCAUAUCAAAUCAAUCUGUAAUAAUGAAUUGCAAUACAAAAAUAUUUCAUUACGUGGUUUCUAGAUGAAAGCCUAAAUUAAUAAUCCUUUACUUGUUUUUUGUUUCUAUAUUCUAAUCAUAUUACCAAAUUUCCCCGAAAUAAUUGAAAAGUCUGGUUUUAUUGGUGCAAGUUUUUCAAUGAGGUAUUUAUUUAAAAGAUGGAUGCAUAAAAUGCGAAAACUUCUUAUUUGACAACAAAAAAUGAGAAAACGCGUUUUUUUGUGUCUAGCAAGAUACCAGGUAUGCAGACUAUCAAACCUUGAUGUUUUUUUAGACAAAAUACCUAAUAGCUCAAUAAAACCCAUAAGUGUAUCCUUCUUUUAAAAGGAUAUACCCAAAUAUGUAAUAAAAAGUGGAACAUUCCAUUAAAAAAAAAAAAGAAAUUUGAAUGUGAAUCAUAAUUGGGACACCCUGUAUAAUUAUACAGUUUUCUUUGAAUAGGAGCAAUACUCCUUCCUCGCACGGUUGGGACACCCUGUACAUACUCCUGUAUGACAAAACUUCUUCAAAUUCCAAAUCAUCAGUUAUGAUACAAUAGGAGUACAUAGACAAGAAUUUUAGCAUGGAUUGUUUCUUUUAAAGAAAAAGGUCAUUUCCAAAAAAAUGACGAGUUACAUGUUUCACUUGCUAUACAGAAUUAAGUUUGUAUGUAUAUUGUUGAAAUGUAACUACAUAUACAUAGGAUGCUCCCUAUAUUUGUAUAUUAGGAAAGAAAUGAUAUUAGAAUUAAUUUGUAUAAUUGUAAUUUUAUUUUUACAACAGUACAUUUAUAAAAAUUAUACAUAUAGGUUAUUCCAUUCACUGUAAAAGUACUGCAACCAUUCAUUGACUGAAAUUACAUUAAUUGUUUACAUAUUUAUUUCAUCAACUAAAUUCAUCUAUGGAAAUCUCCAAAAAGAACAACAGAUAUUUUGUAUUAUGG